GGCUGUUUCCGGAGGGAGGCCUUUCUGGGCACAGCAGCCGCCGGGUCUUUCUGGCUGGCUUUGGCGAGGGAAGGCGGGGGCCAUGGACGACCAGGGCUGCCCCCGGUGCAAGACCACCAAGUACAGGAACCCCUCCCUCAAGCUGAUGGUCAACGUCUGCGGACACACGCUCUGUGAGAGCUGUGUGGAGCUGCUGUUUGUCCGAGGGGCUGGGAACUGCCAGGAGUGUGACACCCCUUUGCGGAAAAGCAACUUCAGAGUGCAACUCUUUGAGGACCCAGCUGUUGACAAGGAGGUGGAAAUCCGGAAGAAGGUGUUGAAAAUAUACAAUAAAAGAGAGGAUGACUUUCCCAGUCUCGUGGAAUAUAAUGAUUUCUUGGAAGAAGUUGAAGAAAUUGUGUUCAACUUAACCAACAACAUCGAUGUAGAGAAUACAAAAAAGAAGAUGGAGACAUAUCAGAAAGAAAACAAGGAAGUCAUCCAGAAAAAUAAAAUCAAAUUGUCUCGGGAGCAGGAGGAGUUGGAAGAAGCUUUGGAGGUGGAACGCCAGGGGAAUGAGCAGAGGCGGCUUUUAAUACAAAAGGAGGAGCAAAUGCAACAGAUGCUGAAAAGGAAGAACAAGCAGGAACUUCUGGAUAAAUUGGAAAGUUCUCAUCUGCCUGCCUCUUUGCUCUUAGCCCAGCACAAAGACCGGUCUGCACAACUAGAAAUGCAGCUAGAGAUUCCUAAACCCAUCAAGCCAGUUGCCUUUUCAACAGGUAUCAAAAUGGGUCAGCAUAUUUCUUUAGCUCCUGCUCCGAAGAUUGAGGAAGUGCUGUAUGAAUACAAGCCAUUGCACGUAGAGACCUAUGGACCACAGGUUCCAGAGCUUGAAUUGCUUGGAAAAUUAGGGUAUCUAAACCACGUCCGAGCUGCCUCCCCGCAGGAUCUGGCUGGUGGCUAUACUUCCUCCCUCGCCUGUCAUCGAGCCCUUCAAGAUGCCUUCAGCGGCCUGUUUUGGCAUCCUGGCUAGCUUGGGACUGAGUAAUCGAGACUGGAGUGGAGCAAGCAAAGCAAAACCUCAGGUGAAAAUUGCUGCCGUCUGCACUACAGUUAAGCUGCCAUCAUCUUUCUCUCCCCCCCCCCUUUAAAAAGUUGUGAAGCCAGCUGUACUUAAGUAUUAAAAAAAACCUCAUUGUACAGAAA